AUGCUGGAAGAGCUCGGGGAUUCGAAGGCUUUCAUCGACAUCACUUUACAUCCUGCGCUCUUAUUGUCGAAGCUCUCCAAGUGGGAAGCCCAGGACCUUGUCCCAGCCUCCCUGUUGGAUUCCUUGUGGUGCACCUUCGUCGACCAGGGCUUGGAGCUCCUGAGCACCACACUGAAGACUCCCUUGCCUGAAAGAGUCGAGGGGGAACUGAAAAAGUGCCGACACUCGAAGCACUUUAUCCUGGUUUUGAAGGAUGCUGCCGAUGCCAGUGGUAGUCUUUCGAACAUUGAUGGCCAGAUCAUGCAGUUGCUUUGCAGACUGCUGAGAGCCUUGAUCAUUGGUCUUGCCGAGGAUGUUCUCCAAGACCUUUGGGAUCGAUUGAUGGUUUCUGUGUUUUUGGUCGGCUCCAACUUGUGA